CCAAUGGAACAAGAAGUCGCAGCUUUAGUUAUUGACAAUGGCUCGGGUUUGUGCAAAGCUGGUUUUGCUGGAGAUGAUGCUCCAAGAGCCGUCUUUCCAUCCAUUGUCGGCAGACCAAGACACCAGGGUGUACUGGUUAAUAUGGGACAAAGGGAUUGUUUUGUCGGAGAUGAGACUCUAAAAAAAAGAGGAAUCUUAACUCUGAAGUUCCCAAUUGAGCAUGGCAUUGUUACCAAUUGGGAUGACAUGGAAAAAAUAUGGCAUCACACUUUUUACAAUGAGUUGCGAGUAAUGCCAGAGGAGCACCCCGUCCUGCUAACGGAGGCACCCAUGAACCCCAAAGCAAACAGAGAAAAAAUGACCCAGAUCAUGUUUGAGAUCUUCAAUACCCCUGCUACCUACGUUGCUAUUCAGGCUGUGCUGUCUCUGUAUGCAUCUGGGCGUACAACAGGGAUUGUGAUGGACUCUGGCGAUGGAGUCACCCACACGGUGCCCAUCUAUGAAGGAUAUGCUCUGCCCCACGCCAUCAUCCGUCUGCACUUGGCUGGUCGUGAUCUGACAGACUACCUCGUGAAGAUCCUUACCGAAAGAGGCUAUAGUCUCAACACCACAGCUGAAAAAGAAAUUGUCCGAGAUAUCAAGGAGAAGCAUUGCUAUGUAGCACUGGAUUUUGAACAGGAGCUCGCCACUACAGUUUCCUCCUCCACAUUGGAAAGGAGCUAUGAGCUUCCCGAUGGUCAGAUUAUCACCAUAGGAAAUGAGAGGUUCAGAUGUCCCGAGGCUCUUUUUAAGCCCGCAUUUAUGGGAAUGGAAUCUAAUGGCAUACAUGAGACCACCUUCAACUCUAUCAUGAAGUGUGACGUCGACAUCCGCAAGGAUCUUUACACCAACAUUGUUCUGUCUGGUGGUACAACCAUGUAUCCUGGCAUUGCAGACAGGAUGCAGAAAGAGAUCCCAGCCUUGGCACCUAUCUCAGUUAAAGUUAAAAUCAUUGCUCCACCCGAGCGGAAAUACUCGGUCUGGAUCGGAGGCUCGAUCCUGGCCUCUCUAUCCACUUUUCAGCAGAGGUGGAUCAGCAAGCAGGAGUACGAUGAGACUGGACCUUCCAUCGUCCAUCGUAAAUGCUUCUGA